ACAUCGCCGCACGCACACACUCUCGCUCGCUCUCUCUCUCUCUCUCUCUCUCUCUCUCGGAAAAGCUCUUCCUCCUCGAUUCGGAGCGCCGGGGGGCGGAGCACGGCGGCGGCCGUCGCGGAUGGGGCGGAGGAAGGUGGAGAUUCGGAGGAUCGCCGACAAGAGUAGCCGGCAGGUGACUUUCUCGAAGCGCCGGGGCGGGCUGAUGAAGAAGGCGCGCGAGCUGUCGGUGCUCUGCGACGUCGACGUCGCCCUCGCCGUCUUCUCCAGCCGCGGCAAGCUCUACGAAUUCUGCAGCGGCGACAGCUUUACCAACAUCCUCGAGCGAUACCACAACCAUCUUGGAGAAGCAGAGACCUCCAAAGAUGCCAAAACGGUUGAGGGAAAUGGAUCUGAAGAUGCGGUUUACUGGUCACAUCCUGAGAUGCUUCAGAUAGUUCAAAGAUACUUAAGUGGGCCAGAUAUUGAGAAGCUGAGUGUGACCGACUUAGUACAACUAGAGAAGCAACUACAUUCUGCACUGAGACAAACUAGAUCUAGAAAGACAGAGCUAAUGUUGGAGUCCAAAACUACCUUGCAGGAACAGGAAAAGAUGAUGAGAGAGGAGCAUGAGUCUCUGAAGGAGGAGAUUACUUCCCUGGUGAGCUAUGAUGAUAAUGUCAACGAGGUUGCUCUUGGGAUUUCUGAAAUGAACACUACAUUUUUUCAUCCUCGACAGGCUACUCUCCAUUUACUCCGAUAGUGGUGGAAAAUGGUUGUGCACUUACUAACAGAAUCUAGCUUGACCUGCUGCGAUCCUCUUGUGAAUAUGAUCUUGGCUUAGAACAGUUAUCAUGCAAGAUCAAACCAUGUCGUCUUUAUGGACCUUAUGACCUAGUUGACACACUCUCUUUGAAUUAUAAUCUAUGGGCACAACGACAUGAUAAUAUGGACUACUAA